GUGUGUGUGUGUGUGUAGGGGACCCUGCUAUAUAUUCAGACUUAAGAUGAAGACACACCUCCCUCAGCCGACAAAGUACUGUACAGAUGCAGGGACUGAGAGAGAAUAAGUCACAGAGAGAAAGUGAGACAAGAGAAGACGGGAUAAGAAGAGAGAGACUUUUGCCCCACUGUGAUAUCUUAGAAAGGAUUUUGUACAAAUUGAUGGAGUAGCUGGAGAUCAUCGACUGACAAAGUAAAACAAGUGAAAGAGAAGUGGAAACAUCCGCAACUGGACUCAUAAUCUUAUAUCUGAAACACUUUCACCAGUCUGGGACAUCAGAUUUUUGGCUUCUCGUCAUUGUUUUGAGAACUUAUCGGAGCCUCCAAUGAUUUUAAUGACAAAUAACGUCAUAUAGAAUCUAGGGAGAUGGACAGACAGAUGUCAGACGCCGACUUCCUCACCUCCCCCUCCCCUUCUCCCACUCCCCUCUUCCACUGCGACUACAGCGACUGGUCUCCCUCCUUCUCCAUCAUCCCAUCCGUCUACUUGAUGGCCUUCCUGGUUGGCUGCCUCGGUAACGGCCUGGUUCUCUGGGCCUACCUGGACCGAGCCGACGGGAGGAGAAAGAGUACAGGAGAGAAAAACCACACUGGAGUUGGGAAGUUCUGUUGCAAAAGCAUUUUCAGAACCAAUCAGCAGAACAUUAGGGAUGCUGGUAGAGUUCACAGUGGCUCUUUUCCUCAAAAGAACAAAGAAAAUGGUGGAUAUUUCUCAGGACAAAACUACAGACCCUCCUCUCAUUCCUCCACCUCCUCCUCCUGUCCUCCCUCUAUCCCACGUCCCUCUCGCUCACUGACAGACUCUCUUAUAGCUAGUUUAGCUUUAGCUGACCUCUGCUUCCUUGUAACUCUCCCUCUGUGGGCCGUCUACACAGCGAUGGGCUACCACUGGCCGUUUGGACAACCCCUCUGCCAAAUCAGCAGCUUCCUCACUGCUCUCAACAUGUAUGCCAGUGUGUUCAGCUUGAGCAUGCUCAGUGUGGAACGGUACUGGGUUCUGACUGGGCGCCGGCACUCCAGUCACCACGCCCCGCAGAGCUGCCCCAGCAGGGCUCUGUGGAUACUUGGAGGAGUGUGGGCGCUCGCGGGGGUCCUUGCACUUCCUGGUUUGCUGCUGCGCUCUGUCCGGGAGGUGGAGCUAGACCCUGAAUCUGAGGACGAUUGGCAGCUGGAGCCAGGUCAUCUUGCUGACUCUGGAUCUGUUUUCCUCUCCUGCCAGAUGGAUUACUCCAUGCUGAUUGCAGCAGAGCUGGAGGAGACAGACAGGGAGCGGGCUGAGAUGUGGUGGGCAGCUGCGUUGAGCCUGAAGUCAACUCUGAUUGGCUUCCUGCUUCCUCUUGUCAUUUUGCUGGUGUGCUACUGCUCAUUGGCUCAGCUUCUCAGCAGACAUUUUGGACGGGGCCCUCGCCCUGACCGCAGGCGUCAGCGCAGACUCCUCAGGGUCAUUGUCACCUUAGUGAUGGCAUUCUUCUUGUGCUGGUUGCCCCUACAUGUUAAUAAAACUGUAUCCCUGCUGCUGGAGUUUGGAUUUCUCCCGUACUCCUGCUCUUUAGAUCAGAUCUUACUAGCUGCUCACCCAUAUGUCACCUGUUUAGCUUAUCUCAACUCCUGCCUUAACCCUCUCCUCUACGCUGCCUGUGACCCAUCGUUUCGGAAGAGAUGCAGAGGAGCCCUACUUCUGUUGUGCAAGAGAGGAGGAGAGAGAAAGGAAGGGAAGGAUGAUAGAGGAGAGGGAGAGAAAGAGGAAAGGAGCUCAGGUUUCCCCACAAGAACGCAGGAGGAAACAGCAGAUAGGAUUGAGGAGGAGAGGGUAGGGGAAGCAAAUAGUGUGGUCACUGAGGGGUAAGAGCACCCAAAAAGAGCUAAUCCACUCACUUUCCAAGGGACUAAAUGCCAAACCAAACAAAAGUGGCCAAGAUAUUAAUAGACACUCCCCUUAGACUCUGGGAGAAAUUGUGUCAAAUGUCAAUAUUUUUAAAAUAAACAUCCUCAUCAAAUAAACAGUCUUGAAUUCAUAGAUUAGACAUAUAUAGACAUACAUACAUAGACAUAUAUUCCCUGGUUCCAAUCCAUAAGAAAUCUCACAGAAAAUGAUGCCACCACGUCCUCAGAAAUAGCCUCUGGCAGACCAAAUAUUCUUGUCAUAUGAUCUGUUACUAUAGUUUGUACUCUGAGUGCUCUGAGUUGUUCAUUGAU